CCUAAAAAAUAACAGCGCUCAAAUUUAAGGAAUCAAAGAUAACGUUACCGUUGACAGCUUGACCAAAUAGGUGCGCUGAAAGGAAAAAUCUUUUGGCACGUUCGUGCGUGUUCCCUAUUUAAUUCCUUUGUGUCUGAAACGCAGAAGCAAUACUUUCAAAUUACAUUUCGCUCUUAUAACCACAGCGUACGGUGAUAACCAUGCGUUGCGUUCAGAGCUUUAUUUUCGGUCUCUUCCUGCUCCAACUGGCAAGAGGCGAAGACAAUAUAUUAGGUAACAUAGAAUCAGAUGUCAGUCAAAUGGACAAUGGACUAAACAUAAUGUGUCCUGUGUUGCUGUAAGUUGUGGAGACCCUGGAUCUCCCUUGAAUGGAAAACGCAAGGGCUGGUUAUUUCAGUACAAUAACAGUGUCACUUUCGACUGCCAUCGCGGUUUUAAACUGGAAGGCCCCAACGCAAGAACAUGUCUUGCGAACCAAACCUGGAGUGGCACGCAGCCAAUUUGCAAACCUGUACCCUGCGAGGAGCCUCCAAAAGUGCCUGACGCAGUGAUGUUCGGCGGUGGGUUUGUUUUUGGAGCACACGUGUAUUACACUUGUAAUGAAGGGUAUAAAUUGAAAGGACCAGAUACUUUGACAUGUGGGGAAGAUGGAAAGUGGGUCGGUGAGACACCUGUUUGUAAAGGUGAGUUUCUUAGUUGACUUUCGUUUUGUACCUUUUUUUCUCUAUACAUGAAUGAAGCACGGAGAAAGUGAAUGAGUAGCUUUCAAAUAUACCAAUUACUUAACAAUUAGAGAAGCGUUGACCGUGCUCUGUUGCAAAGCACACAGGAAGCGUGCUAGAGCACGAAAGAAGAAUAGGGAGAAACACGAGACGUAGUCGACUUGAAAACAAAGUCCAAAAGAGAACAACA